UUUAAUUUAUUUCUUUUAAUUGAAAAAUAUUUAGUAAAAAACUAUUUCAAAGUUCUACUUAAAUCAAUCAUAUUCGUAGUACAGUUUGUAUAACAGUUACAAAAUCUAUCCAAAGCAGAUAGAGUAAUACCAACGUCGUACUAAAUUUCCUAGUGACAAAAAUUUUUGAAUGUAAAAUAUAUUGUACUAUAACCAUUUCGAGAUAUAGCUCUCAGUAUUUAGUUUUUUGCAAUCAAAGAUAUUUUUGUUAUUCCUCCUAUUUUUAAUUCGAUUUACAAGGACGUACAAGAACAAAUUUUGAAUAUCUAAAUAUGGAUAAUUAUGAUGAAGUAUUGGAUGAAUCCAACUCUCAAAAACCUAUCUCAAUUAACCCCAAUGGUACUGAAACUACUGAGCAAAAGCUUGAUUUUAAGUACCCUAUUGGUUGGUCAAAAAUAUUUAAUCAAGAAAUUGCGGUUGAUACUGUCCCUGAAUAUAGUCAGCUCAAAAAAGAUGAAAAUAAAGUUGGAUCUACCUCUAAAGAAAGUCAGCCUUCUUUACACAGUAAAUUUGAGCAAUCUCCGCAAGGCAGUACAGAAUACCGAAAGGCAACUCAAUAUUUCUUGAAUGAUGGUGUAAAUUAUUUCAAAAAUAAACCUAAAGUAAACGAAAAUAUUAACCCACCUCGAGUUUCAAGCAUGUCCACUCCCGUAAAUUAUUCCGAAGAAAAUUAUGGGAAAUGCAAUUCACCAAUUAAUGUUCUAGGACAUAGUAAUAUAAAUUUUGAUUAUUUCCAAAAGUCUUUUAAUGAGAAAAUUCAAAAAGCAUCCGCUGCUGAUGGUGAAAAUAAUUCUGUUCCAUAUUAUCUACGCGCUUCUAAUGCACAAUAUUCACCCACCUACAAAACUUCUAAUUUAAAUGCAACUGCAAAAGAAUUUUUUCCAUCGAUUCCAAUAGGUUUCCGGCCUAUAAAACCCAAUGAACAACAUACGUGUCCUGAAGAUUCGCCACCGGAGUGUAAUUAUUAAGAAGAAUGGGAAGGAUGGAUAUCGAA